AUAUUAGUUUGACAUUUGUUUGAUUAAGUGGUGACGGGUUUACAGCUGUUCGGCUCAGGGAGUUUUUGAGUAAUUAUCGGAAAAUCUCUGAAAGCACUAAAUAGAUGUAAUUGAACGAUGGCGCCACAGCCCGUCGUCACUGGCCUGUCUCCUAAGGAAGGCCCUCCAGGCACGCGGAUCACCAUUCGAGGAGAAUUUCUAGGCACUCGUCCCUCAGAUCUAAUCGGCUUGUCGAUUUGUGGGUGUGAUUGUUUGUUAUCGGCUGAAUGGAAGUCACCGAACAAGAUUAUCGCGCACACCGGUCCAGCGAAGGGCAAAGGAGACAUCAUAGUAACAACAAUAAGCGGCGGCAUAGGAACGUCUACCAUUCAAUUUCGGGCGUAUCAUGAAACCAUCGGGCCCAUGAAAGAAUCGGCUGUGUGGGUGGAGGAGUCAUCAAUACAAUCGCUGGCAUGGGGUCGCCGAAACAUGGCACCCGUGGGAUACACUCAGGAGGAUCCUUUGGGGCUCUCCAUUGAAGGAAACGAUAAGAAAUUCCCCGAGGACAUUCGAGAUAUUUUUCCGGAGGGGAAUGGCGACUUGUCGCAGGAAAACUUCUCUCCCGGAUGGUUCCUGCUUGAGAACCACCAUGCGACUUCCUUUGAGGAUUUGAAGGCUGGCUUGGCUUACAUUAAGCGUAAAGUGGAGAGCCAAAAGGAAGGACAAUUGUCCUUCUUGAAGUCGAAUGCGGGCUCCGUUCUUGACCAAUUGGAUACUUUGAUGACAAUACGCAGUAAAAUUAAGGAAGACAAUAAGCUUUUUGGAUCUGAUACAUUGAAAGAUUUGGAAAACACAAUUCAAAGCUCAAUAUCUAGUUCGUCUGAGAUCUUUCGCGACGUUUUAGAACGCCGAGAGAAAGCAGAUUCCACUCGAGCUGCACUCACAACACUCAAUCGGCACAAAUUCUUAUUCUGUCUCCCAAACUCGGUUGACAGAUGUGCAGAGGCGGGCGAGUAUGACAUUAUAGUUAACGAUUAUUCGAGAGCAAGAAAUUUAUUUGGCAAAGUCGAUAUACCGAUCUUUUGUAAAGUCCUAGAAGAAGUAGACAUCCGCAUACUGAACAUCCGACGAAAGCUACAUCAGCAACUUGUGCAGCUACCGCAAAGUGUUGAACAGCAGAAGAAGAUCAUAAAGACGUUAAUUAAUUUAGAAAUUCAGCAGGCGGACACAAAAGCAGCUGACGGGUUUCAAGCCGUUGAUCCUGCUUGGGAUGCUAUUGAGGCCCGCGCCAAAUAUUUGGAAGCGACGUUUAAGAAAGCAUGUAGUCAGUAUAGCUUGAAAGAUGCAAAUUCAGAAAAGUCUAAGUAUGGUGGCGAAAUAGGUGAGUUGCCGAAUCGCGUGGUGUUUUGUGAAGAGAUUUGUGAAAUUGCAGCAAGUCAAUUACCCGAUAUUUGGCGACUUGGACAAGCUUAUUUCGCAGGAGAAUUACGAGGCGCAAGUGAUCCCAAACCAGGUGAUUUUAAGAAAAUUAUUCUCACUGGAAUCGAAAAGAUGUGUGUCUACCUGCGCAGUGCAAUAUUUUAUGCUUUUGAUCAUCGUUCGAUUCGAUCAAUGUUCCCAAUAACAUGGCCAACUGGUGGUUCAACCCAAGCCUUAUCGCAAUUUCUCGUAUAUUUGCCGCAAUGUUUGCGUUUUAUUCGAAUCGCGUACGCAAGCCUGAUUCAAUUAGAUUUACCCAGUGAAGCUUUAGAUAUUAUUCAGAAGCUGAUCGACGAAGUGCGAAUUUUCUGCUUAUCUUCGUUUUUCAAGCGGGCAAUUGAUAAAAUCAAGAAACUGAAUGAAAGCGAAACGUGGGUUUUUAGUGUUGAAGAUUUCCCAGGAGUGACAGUGCUUCCGUCGGUGUUAGAGAAAAUUAUUGUUGAAACUCUUGAAGAAGGACAAAAUGUAUGCAUGAAUCCAGAAAUUAGGGAGAACAAUUUAAUGGAUGCACAUCCAGAUGCGCAGCGUGAAGUCUCUCAAAGAUUGCAGGAUAUGCUCAUUGCUUUUUGUAACGUAAUAGAGCUUCUGGCGUACCAAAUUAAUGAGGAAGAUGCACAUACGCCCAUAGUGUCUCAGUUAAUUGGAUUCCCAAACGCCAAUCAGGAUGGGUUUUCAUGUCGCUACUCGGGCUUGUCUUGGGAGCAACGCAUGCUUUGCUGCCUAGCUAAUUGCUUAUACUGCGAUAAGUCGUUUUUUUCGUAUAUUGGAUCUGUAUUCGUCAAAUUUGGGUAUCCGACCCCUAAAGCGGCAGUCGACUCUGGUAGGACUCACGCCAAUCUGCUCUUUUCUAAUUUACUGGAAACCUAUGUGGAACACAAGGGCGAUCCACUUGUCGGAACAAUCGAACCUUCCAUGUAUAUCGGGCACUUCCAAUGGAACACAGUUGAAUUUAACGGAAAAUUACGACCAUAUGCACAGGAAUGCUGUGACAAUUUAGUUGGGGUUUAUUCAGAAAUAUUCACAAUUUCACCGCUGUUAUUGCACGCGAUCUUGGAACCCAUUGUGCAGACGGUCGCUGAAGAACUAGCACGCUUGGUGAGUUGUGUACAAGAUUUCAAUAAGGGUGGCGUGAUCCAAGCAAAUGUAGACAUUCGACUUCUACGCGACGCUCUCAAGCUUUUCAGUAACGAUACGGCAAAGAGCUACUUUGCCGAAGCGUUGGAAGUGAUUGGAACUGUAUCAGCAGAUGACAAUAGGAAAAUCGAGGAUACGUUGAAAGUGAUAAAGGAGCAAAUGAGUCUCCAAAUACUUUGCUUUUCCAUUGACGGCCUAUGAUAUUCAAGUGAUGUAAUGUAUGACACUUUGAACUGAGCUAUUUAUAACUGAAAUAUAAAGUAUUAUUAGAA